GCGCGAGCACCAUACUUCAUAUCUGUUAGUAUAGGGAAACUUAAUUGACAACGGCAGAGAGCAUAAGCCUGGGCAAACCAGCUCCCGCCAGAACUAACAGCCCGGAAGAUGGACGCCUAUGAGAAGAUUGAGAAAAUUGGAGAGGGCACCUAUGGAAAGGUGUACAAAGCCAGGGAUAUCAACACCGGAAAGCUGGUGGCCUUGAAGAAAUGCCGCCUGGAGAUGGAGGAGGAGGGCGUGCCGUCGACGACGCUGCGCGAAAUUUCGCUUCUGCAAAUGCUCAGUGAAAGCAACCAUAUCGUCAAGCUGCUGUGCGUUGAGCAUACGGAGGAGAACAACAAGCCGUGCUUAUAUCUGGUGUUCGAGUAUCUCAACACGGACAUGAAGAAGUGGAUGGACCGUAACGGCAAGGGACCCGCCCAUCCUCUCCCGACGAUGCAUAUCAAGAGCAUGGUGUACCAGCUGAUCAAGGGCGUGGCGUACUGCCACAUGCACGGCGUGCUGCACCGCGACCUAAAGCCCCAGAACCUGCUGGUUGACGACGAGAAGAUGUGCCUCAAGGUUGCCGAUCUGGGCCUUGGGCGUCACUUCAGCGUACCGCUCAAGAGCUACACCCACGAGAUCGUCACUCUCUGGUACCGGGCGCCCGAGGUUCUCCUGGGGGCAACACACUACGCCACGCCUGUGGACAUGUGGUCUGUUGGCUGCAUCUUCGCAGAGCUUGUGCGCAAGGCUCCCCUCUUCCCCGGUGACAGCGAGUACCAGCAGCUGCUGCACAUCUUCAAGCUGCUGGGCACGCCCAACGAGGAGACGUGGCCUGGCGUCACCAAGCUGCGCGACUGGCACGAGUGGCCGCAGUGGCAGCCGCAGGACCUGCACCGCAUCUUCCCGACACUUGAAGACUCUGGCAUCGACCUCAUGAAGCGCAUGUUCGCGUAUGACCCCUCCAUGCGCAUUUCGGCGAAGGAGGCGCUCAACCACCCCUACUUCGACGACCUGGACAAGGUCGCUGUGGACGCCCUAGAGAGCCAAGAGGUCCGCGACCGCAUGGCCGAGGCGGCAGCGGCGAACUACCACUGAGUGGGAGUGCCAACUCAAGAGCCUUACGCACUUGGCCCUUCGCAGGGGUUAGAGGAUGCCCUAGUAACUUGUGCAUGACUUCGCUGGGCAUGCGCUUAGGUCUAGAGCCAGGUGAACUAGGGCGUUUAGUUCCUCUUCUAAACGAAUGACUGCAGCGUGUCCUUAUAACUGACCACUAAAGACUGUACGUAAUGCAUGAGAUGCGCAUGUACAUAGCAUUGUUACAGGCUAUUGCAUUGACCAUGAUGUGACAUGGGCACUGCCUAACUGCACAUAUGCAUCGAGUGGUAGGACGCGAACCAUGGAAGGCUUCUUGUGGCGUUAGGUGCCUCGUGCUGGGCGCGGCG